AAGUGUUUCUUACCGGACCAGCGUCGUGGCGGACUCUCUUCCUCUCUCGUCCAUGCUCCUGUGAACAGCUGAUGACAACUUGCUACCCAGUCGUCCAGAUUUUCUUUGUUUUCUCCAACAACACAGCUCGACAUGAUUAAAGAGGAAGUUCAGGGGGCGACGGAGGAGGAGCAGCAGCAGGCCCAGUCAAAGAAAGCGCUCAAGAAACAGCAGAAGGAAGCGGAGAAAGCGGCGAAGAAGGCUGAGAAACAGGCCAAGCAGGCUGCCGAUCAACAAACCACAGAGGAAGAUGACUUUGCCAAGGAUCGUUAUGGUGUGUCUGCGAUGCUUCAGUCUCAACAAAAACUGAACAGAGCACUGGUGAAAGUGCAAGACCUGACUGUGGAGAAGGCUGAUCAGCUCCUGUGGGUCCGAGCUCGAGUCCACACCAGCAGAGCUAAAGGGAAGCAAUGCUUCUUGGUCCUGCGUCAACAACAGUUCAACGUGCAGGCUUUGGUCGCAGUGGGAGACCGUGCCAGCAAGCAGAUGGUCAAGUUUGCUGCAAACAUCACGAAGGAAAGCAUUGUGGACGUGGAGGCGGUGGUGCGCAGAGUGGAGCAGAAGAUUGAGAGUUGUUCCCAGCAGGAUGUAGAGCUGCACAUCGAGAGGAUUUUCGUCAUUAGCCAGGCCGAGCCACGUCUGCCCCUGCAGCUGGAUGAUGCGGUGAGGCCCGAUGGAGAAGGCGAGGAGGAAGGAAGAGCCACUGUGAACCAGGACACCAGGCUGGACAACAGGGUCAUUGAUCUCAGAACAACCACCAGCCAAGCUGUAUUCCGUCUGCAGAGUGGCGUGUGUCAGCUUUUCAGAGACACCCUCACCAAGAAAGGCUUUGUGGAGAUCCAGACCCCCAAAAUCAUAUCAGCUGCCAGUGAAGGUGGAGCAAACGUCUUUACCGUGUCAUACUUCAAGACUAGUGCUUACCUGGCCCAGUCUCCCCAACUCUACAAGCAGAUGUGCAUUUGCGCUGAUUUUGACAAGGUCUUCUGUGUGGGUCCAGUUUUCAGGGCAGAGGACUCCAACACCCACCGUCACUUGACCGAGUUUGUUGGUCUUGAUAUUGAGAUGGCCUUUAACUACCACUAUCACGAAGUCAUUGAGUCCAUUACCGACACUAUGGUGCAGAUCUUCAAGGGACUGAGAGACAAUUUCCAGACUGAGAUCCAGACGGUGAAUAAGCAGUUUCCUAGUGAGCCCUUUAAGUUCCUGGAGCCUACUCUGAGGCUGGAGUUCCAGGAGGCUGUGGCCAUGCUGCGAGAGGCUGGCGUGGAGAUGGGCGACGAGGAGGACCUGAGUACACCCAAUGAAAAGUUGCUUGGCCGCCUUGUGAAGGAAAAGUACGAUACUGACUUCUAUGUGCUGGACAAAUAUCCUCUUGCUGUCAGACCAUUCUACACAAUGCCUGAUCCAAACAACCCUAAAUAUUCAAACUCAUAUGACAUGUUCAUGAGAGGAGAGGAAAUCCUGUCUGGAGCCCAGAGAAUCCACGAUGCUGAAUUGCUCACGGAGAGGGCCAAGCACCAUCAGAUUGAUCUAGAGAAGAUUAAAGCUUAUAUUGAUUCCUUCCGUUAUGGAGCCCCUCCCCACGGCGGCGGAGGCAUUGGUCUGGAGAGAGUCUGCAUGCUGUACCUAGGUCUCCACAACGUUCGUCAGACCUCCAUGUUCCCACGUGACCCCAAACGCCUCACGCCUUGAGAUCUGCCAUCUGUCAUUAUGAAGCAUUGGACUAACACACAAAAACUGGUGAAGGGGAAACAAUACUAAUCCACUAUCCUUAAGGUCACAAAGUAAAAUAGGGAGCAGCUAGUGCCACCAAUUUCAAUUAACGUGCCACUGAUUAAUCAUUCAGAAAUAAGGUGAAAUAGUUUGAUAAGGUUUAUUGGUUUGUGUAAUUGUCUUAACCACAGUUACAUAUAUUUUAAUAAGAACAGGCAGUUUAGGGUGUUUUAAGUAUGUAACCGCACAAACUAACCAGUAGUUUACAAAAAAGUCCCUGUUUUUUUUCUAUGGAUGUGAUGAAGAUGCAUUGAGUUCCUUUUGACCAGCACAGACUCAAGCUACGAUUGCGAACUCCACAGGCAAUGCCGUAUGCCUGUCAUUGCAGGGUUUUUUACAUGAUUCAGUGACUUUAUAGGUCACAUUAACAAUAAGAAUAAAUAAAAAUAAAUAACUAAA